AUGGAUGAUGCAUCAUUUUCUUGGAAAGAUAUUCCUUCUUUGUUUUCUCUCAAUCUCAAAAUCAGAAGCGGUAACUUAGUUGGAGUGAAAGGUGCCAUAGGUGCUGGCAAGUCAACCCUACUAGCUGCCAUUCUUGGUGAGAUCAAUCUUGUCAGUGGGAAACUACGACUAUAUGCUGAUUCUAUUUCGUACGCUCCACAAUCGCCAUGGAUAUUUGCUGAUACUAUUCGAGCUAAUAUUCUUCUUGGCAAACCAAUGAAUGAAGAACGUUACAAGAAUGUAAUUCAAGCAUGUUGUCUUAAUAUCGAUCUACAGAAUUUCGGUGAAGUCGGUGAUUUAUUGAUGAUUGGUGAUAAAGGUAUAAAUUUGAGUGGAGGACAAAAAUCUCGAAUAUCACUCGCUCGUGCUCUGUAUGCUGAUGCUGAUUUAUAUUUACUGGAUGAUCCACUCGCAGCUGUUGAUCCAAAGGUGGCAAAGAAUAUUUUUGAUCGAUGCAUCGGUUCUCGUAGUCUCCUUCGUGAAAAGACUCGAAUAUUGGUGACACAUCAGACACAUUUUUUAGCCGAAGCAGAUCAAACGAUUCUCUUAAUGAAUGGUCACAUCGAUGAAUUACAUAUUGAACAACCUGUUGAAAAUGAGUCAUCGAAUGAUACAUCAGAAACAGAUGCAUCGAACGAUAAGGAGACAGAUUGGACAAUUAACACUGCUACAACUGAUAUGAAUUCUAUUGUAAAGAGUGAGACCUCAGUUGACGGUGCCACCAAGUGGGGUGUCUGGCUACAACUAUUCACUUCACCACCUUUACGUUGGUUUGGUUUUUUUCUUAUGAUAGUUGUUAUGCUUGGUAAUGAGGCUCUGUACGAUUUUACAAAUAGUUGGCUUGCUCUGUGGUCUGGUAAAGAUGAAAGGGAACAACGAUCAUCAUUUUAUGCUUAUGUCUAUCUUGGAGUUAUAUUUGCUACAUUGAUCGUUGCACUAAUACGUACCGGCUAUACCUUCUAUAUCAUGUUGCGUGGUUCGACCCAUUUUCACAAUCGAAUGCUCAAAGGUAUCUUGUAUACUUCGUUACGUUUCUUUGAAAGUAAUCCAAGUGGACGAAUAUUGAAUCGAGCAAGCAAAGAUCAACAAGUGUUAGAUGAAUCGUUACCUAUGGCUUUAAUGGAUACUAUGCAAAAUUUACUAAAGACUCUAGGCUCUAUCACAGUCAUUGGAAUAGCCAAUCCAUGGGUGCUUCUAAUUCUCAUUCCUUUGGUUCCCACAGUUUUGUGGCUUCGUAGAUUUUAUAUGCGUUCGAGUCGUGAACUCAAACGAUUAGAAAGUGUAACACGUAGUCCAAUUUAUGCAUUGUUCUCGUCGUCAUUAGACGGGCUCACUAGUAUUCGUGCAUUUGAUACUCAGGGUGAUUUUUUGAAUAUGUUCAUGGAAAGAAUCGAUACCAAUUCACGAGCUUACUUCGUUGUCUUUACCACUGCACGUUGGUUCGGUUUACGGCUUGAUCUUAUGACAUCCUUACUCACUUUGGUUACUGCAAUUCUUGCAGUAGCCUUGCGCCAUCAAAUUGAUCCAUCGGCAGCAGCACUCAGUAUCAGCUAUUGUAUCACUUUAACAGGUCUGUUUCAAUGGGGUAUACGACAAUCAGCUGAAGCUGAAAAUUUCAUGACCAGUGCAGAACGUAUUCAUGAAUAUGGUCAACUAAUACCAGAAAGCCAUCGGAAUAGUAAUGAAAACGGUGUACUCAUUCAACCAGCAGAUGAUUGGCCUUCUUGUGGUAUUAUAGAAUUUCAAGACUAUACUUUUCGCUAUCGACCAGAGCUCGAUCCUGUGCUCAAAAAUCUUAAUCUACGAAUUGAAUCCAAAGAAAAGAUUGGAGUUAUUGGUCGGACAGGUGCCGGAAAGUCAUCACUUCUUCAAGCUCUCUUUCGACUGGUCGAUCAGUCAGCAAUCAACGGAACCAUUCUCAUUGACGACAUCGAUAUUGCACGUCUUUCACUCAAUCAUCUUCGUUCUCAUCUAAGCGUUAUUCCACAAGUACCGAUCCUAUUCUGUGGUACACUUCGCUACAACAUUGAUCCAUUCGAACGAUUCUCAGACGAGGAAUGUCUUACAGCACUUGAAGCUGUUCAACUCAAACAAUUAGUACGCAACCAUCCCGAUGGACUCCAUCUACUGGUAACUGAAUCGGGUACUAACUUGAGUGCUGGUGAACGCCAAUUGGUAUUUCGUAAUGAUGAAAAUGUACCAUUUGAAGCUAUCUACUGCUUUCCCACCGAAGAACAAGCAGCUGUAUAUGCAUUUGUAGCUCGUAUUAACGAUCGAGAGAUUGUUGCUCAACUAAAAGAAGAAACAGAAGCACAGCAUGAUUACGUUGCAGCAUUACAACAAGGCCAUGGUGCUUAUUGGUUGGAGCAAGACAAAAAGUCACAAGGCAAUCUCGUCAUCAAUGUUGGCGCAUUACCUCCUACAACUGAAUGUACUCUCACGAUUGCCUAUGUCACAGAAUUAGAUCUUUUCAAUGCAUCGAUUAUUCGAUUUGUUAUUCCAACAACAGUUGCACCACAUUAUAACUUCAAUCAGGGUGGACUCAUGUCACCAGCAAGCACUACUUCCCAACAUCGUCCAAGAUAUGGUUAUAGUCCUUCACCAUAUCACCCUGUAAACUUCUCACGUUCAAGACCACCAUCAUAUUCUCUCGCACCUUGGGAUAUAACGCAAUGGAUUGAUCCUAUUGAAGCUCGAAAGCGACAUUGA